CUCGAACUCCAUUGCCAGACUUCCCAGUCCCUCAAAUCCACAAGAACACUCACUGCUCAUUGCCAGGCCAGUGGGAGAAUUGGAAACCCACACCACAAAUUCGAACUUCGCAGCAACUAGAAUGCGGCACAGAUUUUCAUUUACAGUAUUCUCCAUAAUCUUCUUCGUUUUUGUUUUUGCUCACCAAUCCGUUCUCUGCAAAACCUUGAAACGAGAUGUGAAAGCAUUGAAUGAGAUUAAGGCCUCUCUCGGUUGGAGAGUGGUGUAUUCCUGGGUUGGAGAUGAUCCCUGUGGUGAUGGCCACCUUCCACCUUGGUCCGGCGUUACCUGUUCCACUCAAGGGGAUUACAGAGUCGUCACUGAAUUAGAAGUCUAUGCGGUUUCAAUCGUUGGACCUUUUCCUGUCGCGGUUACCAAUCUCUUGGAUCUUACUAGGCUGGAUCUUCAUAAUAACAAGUUGACUGGACCAAUUCCUCCUCAAAUUGGACGGUUAAGACGCCUCAAAAUACUUAACUUAAGGUGGAAUAAACUUCAAGAUGUCAUCCCUCCCGAGAUUGGUGCGCUAAAGAGUCUAACUCAUUUAUAUUUGGGUUUUAAUAAUUUCAAAGGGGAAAUCCCCAAGGAGCUUGCUAAUCUUCGGGAGCUUCGCUAUCUCCAUUUAAAUGAAAAUCGCCUUUCAGGGAGAAUUCCUGCUGAACUGAGCACCCUCCCCAAUCUUCGUCACCUGGAUGUUGGUAACAAUCAUUUAGUAGGAACCAUCAGGGAACUUAUUCGCAUCGAAGGUUGUUUUCCAUCGCUCCGAAACCUGUACAUAAACAAUAAUUAUUUUACGGGAGGAGUUCCAUCACAGCUUGCAAACCUGACUAAUUUGGAAAUCCUGUACCUCUCCUACAAUAAGAUGUGUGGAAUCAUACCACCUGGGGUAGCUCAUAUUUCCAAGUUGACUUAUCUGUACUUGGAUCACAACCAAUUUAGUGGAAGAAUCCCUGAUGCCUUCUAUAAACACCCGUUCUUAAAAGAGAUGUACAUUGAAGGAAAUGCGUUUCGGCAAGGCGUGAAGCCGAUCGGUAUCCAUAAGGUUCUUGAAGUCUCUGAUGCAGAAUUCCUUGCUUGAUCGGUAAGUCGAAUCAAGACUAUAUAGCUAUCUUGUUUAAAUUUAGUGUGUUGGCCAAAUUUGGCUCUGGAUGAUGGCCAUUAUAAUAUAUCUAUCUAUAUGGAAGUAGGUAAAGGCUGUGCAAUGUAUAUAUAGGAGCAUGAUACAUUUGUUGGAACUAAACCAUAUUUGUCCUAAUAGAAUGUAAAGUGAGUUUAUCCACUUGUCCUAA